UAACCUUAGUCUUGAAGCAUCCAUAGAAUUCUUUCCCACCAAGCAAAACUCUGACCAAAAGAGAACAAUAAAAAAAAAAUUCAUAAAAAAAAGAGAGGAAAUUUCCAUGAUCAUAGCACCUUCUUUUAAUUUAUAUAUACAUACACAAUCGUUCACUAGUUUCCUCAUCCCUUUCCCUUUAUUCUUCUCUUCUCUACUUCUCUUUCUUUUUGAACUUGCCUUUGUACUGAAGGGAACUAAUCAAAGAUGCCAGCUGGGUCCUUUAGAAGAAGUUAUGAUGAUAAUUUAUUUGGGGGUUUUUUAGAAGGUUGGUUAAUUAGGCAAGAACAAUUUUUAGAUGAACUACUUGUAGCACAGGACACUUUUGAUGAAGAAACACAAGAGGGUGCUAUUAGAGAUCUUAUUUCACGAGUUUUAGCUCAUUAUCAAGAAUACUAUGAAGAAAAAUCAAGAAUGUCUCAUAGAAAUGUUUUUCACGUCUUCUCACCUACUUGGUUUACUCCACUUGAGAGGACUUUCCUUUGGAUUACUGGGUUCAAACCAGGGUUAGCUUUUACCCUGGUUACCGAUUCGGUUAAUGAUUUGAGUGAAAAUCAAGUCCAGAGAAUCAACAGGCUGAGAUACGAGACCAAGGUCGAAGAAAAAUCUCUGACGGAUGAGUUGGCAAAAAUUCAAGAGAGCGUGGCGGCACCACCGUUGAUUGAAAUGGCACGGCGAGUAGGAAUGCAACUUCUACACACUGACGGCAUAAAUAUUGAAAUCACAGAUGGGGAUGAAAACAUAGAGACAUUGAAGUCAGCCAUGGAAAAUGUGGUGACAGAUGCUGAUAGAUUGAGGACAAGAACAGCUGAAAGAGUGGUAGGAUUACUGAGUCCUUUGCAAAGUCUGAGGUUUUUAACAGCUGCAGCUCAGCUUCAGUUAAGGCUGAGGAUGAUGGGAAUGCAAAGAGAAGCUGAGAGGCAGCAGAAUGAAGCUUCAAAUGGCUGGUAGUUAAUCACGGAUUUUAUGAUUUUUAGACACUAAUUAGCUAGCGAGUUUGUUUUCUUUUGAGGCUUCCAAAAUUUUGUGGUAGUUUCUAUAGGAAGCCAAGCUUUUGUAAUAGUUAGUGUGUACUUCAAGAAUCGUUUGGAGUAUAUUUUAUCAGGCAUUUAUCAGGCAUUUCCUACCGUGGAGGGAGGGAACUAGAGUGUCGAGAGCGGGUUUGGUCGAGCUCAAUAAUUUUGGUUCGAAUUAUGUAUCUAUCUUAAAAAAUUUAUUGAAUAUGUAUAAAUUAUUAAUUUAGAA